AUGUCCCUCUCUCCAAACCCGGAUGUGAGCUAUCUUAAACCAUCAGGUAAAACUCCGCCACCUGCAGCUCCAUCUGCAGCCUAUGCUCGGCGAGCGCGGGAGAUCAUGGCUGAGGAGGGCCUAGGUCGCUAUCGUCCCCCUCCACUCCGCACAACCCUACCUGACGGAAUAUCUUAUGACAUGUCCAACUCCCCUGUAACCGCUGAUGAGGUCACUAUAGUCCACAACUCAUAUCCCUCUGGGACCAGAAGAGCCAGGGCCGGCACUUUGCCCUCGAAUAUUGGCCUGACUGCCCAACAUUACGGUUCGACCAACACAAGCGCCUCUGCUUUAUCCUCGACGAUUGAUCUGGCAGAGGACUCUUCAGCGUCAUCGAGUCCCGUUGCGUCUGCGCCCAUCGCACGCCCAUCGCUCCGUCAUGCCACUUCGGCAGUCGCCGCAGCUCAUGCACCUUCGGAGAGGAACAGUCGUCUAAGGUCGGGGUCCUUGACGCUGCCCAGUGGCGGAUUGGGGAACGCUUUUGGUUCAACUUUGUUUUCCUCAUCUUGGGUGCCCGGCACUGCUGGUCAACGUGCAACGGUAUCCGGUAAUACGUUCCCUGUUCUGGAUGAACUGCGUUCGAUCACCUCGGGCGACUCUCAAGCUGGAGAUGAUUACGAUGUGCACACUCUGGACUACCUCGGAUUGGAGGAUAGUCCCGAUGGGUCGAUUACGAACGCAAAUUUGACGGAAAUGAGACAAUCAGCGUUAUUGAACACCCCAUCUAGGAUGAGAGCUAACACAGUGGCGAACCCUUAUCAGCGUGCUCGUUCUGUGCGCACUGUUGAACCGGAUCACACUGAAGAUGAGCGGUAUGAAGAAUGGCUCUCUACUGUCCUUCCCAGCCACAAGCCCCGGGUCCGUCAACGGCUGGAUUCCUAUGACCACCCAACCACUCCCGGAUCGGGCUACAGUAGUAACCAGGAAGCACCAUACAUUGCCAGAGGUUUCAAGCAAUCCGAACAUCUCGCAGCUGGAACUCGCUCUCGUGCUUCAUCAAUGGGGCAGAUCGACGAUACAACCAGCCGUGUCGGUUCUUCACUUUCCCGUCGUGUUGCUAUCGAAGACCCGUCUUACAAUGCAUAUGCUCAAUAUGAAGUAGCUCUCAAUGCUUCCCAGACUUUGGGGCAUGGUACUGCCGCCCUCCAGAGUUCAACUAACUCUUUGCUGCGAGGCCUACACGUGGAAACUGCCCCUCAACAGACCACUUCUCGCGCAUCGUUGACUACUACUCCUUCCGUCCGUUUCCCUUCGGGAGACAUCUCGUCUAGUCUGGCCGCGUCUCGACAUGGAUCAACUUCGCAAUUGGCCGUAUCCCAUCAAGCCCCAGCGCGGGUCAAUUCUCCCAAAGAACCAACGACGCCAAACCCAGGGAAUACGCAGGUGCAGACCCCUUCACGUUCGCUUUGGAUUGGGAAUCUGGAUCCAGGUGUGACAGGUGAAGAUCUUGCGCGAGCGUUUGCUCCAUAUGGCGCCAUCGAGAGCUUUAGGCUCCUCCCCGAAAAGGAAUGCGGUUUCGUGAACUUCGUCGACAUCGCGGAUGCGAUCCGCGCGAAGGAUGAUGUUCUGAAUCGUUUAGGUGGCAGUAUUGGGAUGGCAAAUGGUCAAACGGUUCGCAUCGGAUUUGGUAAAGCGGAUAGUGCCCCAGUUACGCCUUCAGGACCGAAUUCAGGAGGAACGCACGCUUCUCAGUUUCUCACAACGCCCGCUCCCUCUUCUGGCUUAGGGGGGGCAGGAGGUUUAGGGGGAGCGCCUGGUAGUGGAAACGGAACCGGAGGCACUGGCGGGAUGGACGCUCAGUUGCAGAGUACGCCGACAAGAGCGCUUUGGAUUGGGAGUAUCCCUUCGACGACUACUCCUGCCACCAUCUUAACGGUUUUCUCUCCGUAUGGACCGAUCGAGAGUGCUAGGGUGUUGACCCAUAAGAACUGUGGAUUCGUCAAUUUUGAACGGCUCGAUGACGCUGUUAGGGCGCGCAAGGCUCUUAAUGGUAGAGACGUCCUUGGAAGCGAAGUUGGCGCCAUCCGCAUCGGCUUCGCUCGUGUCCCUGUUAAGGGUGGCUCACCUGGCGGGGAUGGUAGUAGUGGUGAAGGAGAGUCGUCCAAGACGAACCACGAUUCAACCCCGAGCCCCAAUGAAAAAGGCGUUGGUGAUCUAAGUGUUGGUCAAACCAUUCACGCGCUUCGAGGCGUGAAAGGUGCUACUGCUAUUCCUACGGAUCAGCAAGUUCUUGGUGGCGCUGUGGAGAAUUACAGGUCGAAUUUGCUGCUGAGUAUGAUUGAUAUGGUUUUGAACCCUCCGGGACAGGGUGGCUUGCCCAGUAUUACGGAGCAGCAAUUGAUCAUGAGGUUGCUGAGUGACGGGACUCCUGACGCUGACAAUGACGUCCAGGCUCUUGCGGAAUUCCGCCCGCCGACGAACUACUACACAACGAUACCGAUUGCGGCAGAGCGCAGCCAUAUUCGUCGAUGGGAUGCUUCCAAGUUGCGAGAGCUCCGCAAGAGGCUUGACUCUGGGUCGUGUACCGUCGAGGAGAUUGACGACGUCGCUGCCGAUUUCCUUGAUGGCGAGAUUGUUGAUCUUGCUUCAGAUUGGCUUGGCAACACGGUUGUGCAAAAACUCUUUGAGCGCUGCUCGCCCGGUCCACGCUAUGCUAUGUUAGAAAGGAUUGCUCCUCACCUCGCCUCCAUCGGGAUUCACAAGAACGGGACUUGGGCAGCGCAGAAAGUUAUCGAAUGCGCCAGCACUCCGGAAGAGAUCGCGCUUAUUGCCAUUAAUCUGCGACCCUAUACUCCCCCCUGCUUUUGGACCAAUUUGGGAAUUAUAUGUUGUUUGCGAUUCGGAACACCUGCGAACGAUUUUAUAUUCGACGCGAUGACCGACCGUCUCUGGGAGAUUGCUCAGGGUCGAUUCGGAGCGCGAAGCAUGAGAGCCUGUUUGGAAAGUCCUUAUAUAACCAUCAGUCAACAGCGUCGUAUCGCAACUGCCGUCAUUCUUAACUCGAUUCCUCUUGCAACGAAUCCCAACGGCGCGCUACUUCUCACUUGGUUACUUGAUACCUCAGGUUUCCACUCUCGUUAUCGUCUUCUAGCACCUCGGUUCACCCCUCAUCUCUCACACCUCUGUACGCACAAGCUCGCGUCACUCACUGUUCUUCGCAUAGUCAACCAGAAGGCAGAGCCCGAGGCUUCUCAACAAGUCGUCGAUGCAUUAUUCUUCUCACCCAACGAUCAUGUCCUAACAGAUGUACUCGGGGAUCAGAUCAAUGGCGUUGCGGUCAUUCUUAAAAUCUUACAGAGUCCCUACCUUGACUCCGCAAAGAAACCUGAAUACCUCGAGGCGACGAAACGAGUCCUAAUCGACCUCAAGGUCCUCACUGCUCAAGCGUAUAGACGGCUCAUGGAAGAAGUUGGUCUGCCGGUCCCUUCGUUUAAUACUGCACCGUUCUCUAUUCCCUCAUCUGGGAACGUUGGUCCCCAACCUGGCCCGCAUUCUGUUUUCAACAGUCAGACUGUCAAUCCUGUCAAUCCUGGUGGGUAUAGCACCGAGAGCGCGCCUUAUGAUGCUUCGAUGGCAUCGAUCGUGGCGUCCAUGCAUACACUUCAAUUGCAGCAGCUUCAGGCUCAGGCUGCUAACGCUGCGAACAGCAUGGCUGGCGCUGGACUUGUCGUGGCGAACACUUCAUAUGCUGUACAGCACCUUGUCGAUGGCUUUAGGGAGGUUUAUGGUGUCAAUCCGACAUCUGAACAAAUUGCUGAGAUGGUUCAGCGUCAGCCGCUGCCAGAGAAUGUUAUCCUCCCGGUACAUGGUGGUUUUCCUGGCCGUCCGGGCUCUGUUGGCCCUGGGAUUGGCAGCAGCAACAGCAACAGAGGUAUGCCAGUGCGAGGAUGA